AUGGCGCGGCCCAACAAAAAGAAGAAGACUGGCCAGGUGCCUCCUGCCGCCAACGCGAAGCCUGGCGGCGCCCGUCCUCCCAAGUCGCUCGUCCUCCGCCUCAAUCCCCACGUCAGCGGCCUCUCCCUCACAAACCUCGUCUCCGACUAUCGUCUCCUGAUGUCUCCCGACACCUCUGCCCGGCUGCGCGAACGUCGCGCCAACCGUCUCAAAGACUACCUCGCCAUGUGCGGGCCCUUGGGCGUGACGCACCUCUUCAUGUUCAGCCGCAGCAAAGCGGGCAACGUACAUCUACGCGUCGCACUGACGCCCCGCGGGCCCACGCUGACAUACCGCGUGGAAAACUACGUGCUCGCAAAAGACGUGCUGCGGCAGCAGAAGCGGCCGCGCCAGGGCGGCAAGGCGGGCGAGUACCUGCGGGCGCCGUUGGUGGUGAUGAACAACUUCAGCCACACGCCCAAGGAGGGCGAGACCAAAGAUCCCGUGGAGAAGCAGCUGGAGAGUCUGAUGACGACGGUGUGGCAGGGCAUCUUCCCAGCCAUCACGCCCUCGACCACGCCGCUGGGCAGCAUCAAGCGCAUCCUGCUGCUAAACCGCGAAAACACCAGCAAAUCCGAGGGGGAAGGACAGUACGUCAUCAGCCUGCGACACUACGCCAUCACGACAAGGGAAAGCGGCGUCAGCAAGCGGGUGCGCCGCUUCGACGCCACGGAGCAGCGCAAGCGCGAGAAGCGGAAAGACGGCCGCCCGCUGCCGAACCUUGGUGGGCUGGAGGAUGCGGCCGACUACGUGCUCGGCGGCGAUGAGGCGGGCUACACGAGCGCGAGUGACACGGAGCUGGACAGCGAGAACGAGGUCGAGGUCCUGGAGACGGAGGCGCAGCGCGUGGUGGGGCGGCGGGAGCGUCAACGGCGGCGCGAGGCAGAGGCUAAUGGCGAGGAAACCCCAGCGGCCAAGCCAAAGAGCAGGGUGGAGAAACGGGCGGUCAAGCUGCUGGAGCUGGGCCCGCGCAUGCGUCUGCGGCUCGUGAAGGUCGAGGAGGGCAUCUGCGAGGGCAGGGUCAUGUGGAAUGAGUUUGUGCACAAGACUGAGGAGGAGAAGGUCGAGCUUGACUCGCGGUGGAAGGUCAGGAGGCAGGAGAAGGAGGAGCGGAGGAGGUUGCAGAAGGAGAAUGUGGAGAGGAAACGGCGAGCGCGAGAAAAGGAUGGGAAAGGUGGGGCUGAGGGCGAGGACGAUGAGGAUAUGCAGUAUGGGAGUGAUCUUGAGCCGGAGGACUUUGAUGAUGACGACGAUGAAGGUGAUGAUGUGGACGUUGAGGGAGGUGCAGUUGACGAUGGCUGGGAAGACGAUGAGGCAUCUGAGAAUGAUGACAUGCAAGAGUGA